AUGGUGUCUUGUUGUGAAAAAUGUCUGAAAUAUCAAAGUAAGCAGUCGAAAGAACCCAUGCAAACUCGACAAAUCCCAAUAUUGCCCUGGCAAAUUGUUGCAUCAGAUGUGUUAGAACACAAAAAUCAAAACUACCUUGUGGUCAUUGAUUAUUAUUCAAAGUACAUUGAGGCUAUUAGGCUCAAUGGCAAAGCCAGCAGUGACAUUAUCAGGUGUCUAAGUGAAAUUUUCUCAAGACAUGGUUAUCCACAAACUAUAAUUGCGGACAACAUACCCAGUAACUUCAGAGAAAUGAAGGAAUAUGCUACGCAAUAUGGCAUUAACAUGAUAACAGCCAGUCCCACAUAUAGUCAGGCAAACGGUCUUGCAGAAAAGGCGGUCAACAUUGUUAAAAACUUACUAAGAAAGGAGUGCAGUUUGAAUGAAGGUCUGAUGGAAUACAGCAACACACCAAUAAGCAAUUUUCCUUAUUCACCUAACCAAAUGUUAUUCAGUAGGCAAAUCCGCACAAGAGUUCCUGUUCACCCCUUGGUCUUAGUACCACAGAACUGUCAUGAUGUUCCAGAAUUACUAGAAAAACGACAAGCUGAAUACAAAGAAUUCUAG